AUGCAGUCCGUUUCUGCUUUACGAAGAUGUACUCUUGCACUAUGCAGACACCAAUCACAAACUACCUCAAUUUUCCUCGACUUUCUCGCCCCGACAGCUCUACCUCAACGCCGACAUGCGUCAACCAGUCCGUCCAGCUCUAAGCCCCGAUACGUCCUCAGCAAAAAGCAGCGCGAGUUCCUAGACGCCUCACUUCGUGUAAACCAAGCUGGUGAACUGGCAGCCACCCUCAUCUACACCGCCCAAACCCCAGUGGUUGUUCGCUCACACCCGCACCUCCGGCCUUUGAUGAAGCACAUGUACGACCAAGAGGCAGGCCACCUCAAGACAUUCAAGCACCUUGUCGCAAAGCACCAGGUUCGCCCCACUGCCAUGUACCCCAUCUGGGAGGGUGUGUCCACGUUCCUAGGCUGGUCAACUGCAUCGCUGGGUCGCGAAGCUGCGAUGGCAUGUACCGAGGCCGUGGAGACGGAAAUCGGGUCUCAUUACAAUGAUCAGGUUCGGGAGCUUUUGUCAUGGGAGGCUGAUGCGGAGAGGCGUGGGGAGGAAUUGGAUGUCGAGUUGAAGGAUAUGCUGGCCACAUUCCGGAGGAUUCGGGAUGAAGAGCUGGAGCAUUUGGAUCAUGCGGUGGCUAAUGAUUCCAAGGAAGCUAAGCCGUAUGACCCGUUAGUGGAUGUCAUUCGCUUGGGUUGCCGAGUUGCUAUUAAAAUCAGUGAGAAGGUAUGA